CACACGCCACGCCACGGGAGGUUCCCCCAGUCCCCUUCCCAGCCCCCGUCGACCUCACUCCCUCCGGUCCGGCACAGCGGAGCAGACAUCGAGCAGCGAACCCGAAGCCAUGGAUAGGUACCAAAGGGUGGAGAAGCCUCGGAAUGAGACACCGAUUCGUGAGAACGAGAUCAGGAUCACUGCGCUCGGGAGGAUGAGGAACUAUAUCGGCUACGGGAUGUCGUUGCUUGAGGAAAAUGGGCAUGAUGAGAUCAUUAUCAAAGCCAUGGGACGAGCCAUAAAUAAGACGGUCAUGGUUGCUGAAUUGAUCAAGAGAAGAGUUGCUGGUCUCCAUCAGAAUACGUCUAUUGAAUCUGUUGGCAUCACCGACACAUGGGAGCCUCUGGAAGAAGGCCUUGUUCCGCUAGAGACAACUCGUCAUGUAUCAAUGAUUUCCCUAACAUUGUCCAAGGAACCAUUGGAUACGUCAUCUCCAGGGUACCAGCCACCCAUACCAGCUGAAGAGGUGAAACCUGCUUUUGAUUAUGAACAUGAAGGAUCCUUCCCCUCUGCUCGUGGGAGAGGUCGUGGUGGACCUGGCGGCGGCCGAAGGGGCAGGGGCAGAGCUAUUAACAAUGGACCCCCUGCUUAUGAUUGGGGUGAAGAGUGGGAGGAGGAUGGGGACUAUUACCACAAUGGUAGAGGCAGAGGAAGAGGCCGGCUAAGAGGAAGAGGAAGAGCCCGUGGCUACUACGGAGGUGGUCGACGUGGUGGCUACGGCUAUGAUCACGGUUAUGGUGGCAGGGGCGGCUACUAUGAAGAGCAGGGUGGAUACUUUGAUGGCGAACCAGAUGAGUAUCAACCCCCUCCAGCCCGUGGGCGUGGCAGGGGAAGAACAAUGGAGCAGAGUGAAUACUACAAUGGUGAACCAGAUGAGUAUCAACCUCCUCCAGGCCGUGGGCGUGGCAGGGGAAGAAGAAUGGAGCAGAGUGAGUACUACAAUGGCGAACCGGAUGAGUAUCGCCCUCCAGGCCGUGGGCGUGGCAGGGGAAGAUGGAUGGAGCAGAGCGAAUACUUCGAUGAACCUUAUGAAUACCCCCCUCCAGGCCGUGGUCGUGGCAUGGGAAGAAGGGGAGGGCCAUGGGGCGCCCGAGGCCGUGGGCGUGGUCCGAUGCUAGAUUGAACUGGGACAUGCCAAGUGCAAACCAUGAAGCCGGCACUGCUGUGCUUAAUUACCUGAUAAUUUUUGCUUACCGUGUUGCUCCAUGUGUUGGGCUCUCUGACGUGGAUCUUUAUGCUCUCUGAUGCUGUACGACUUGCCGCCGGGCAAAUUUUGUGUGGCUCACCUGUGGUUUAUUUAGUUAGGCCAGCCAGCGAAGAACCUCAACACCUAGUAGAACGUGUGAAAUGUGUUUCAGUCUCUCGUUCAGUUA